AUGGAUAAUGUUUCCAUGCAGAAAUAUUUUACACUUUCAGGACUGAAUUAUGCAGCGCAGCACAGGAUCGUCCUGUUUGCUCUCACUCUGCUGUGCUACUCCGUGAUAUGGAUGGUGAACGCCGCCCUCAUCCUGACCAUCAUUGUGGACCGAAAACUCCACGAGCCCAUGUACAUUUUCCUCUGCAAUCUGUGCAUCAGUGGACUCUAUGGGACGGUGGGCUUUUACCCUAAAUUCCUCCUGGAUCUGCUGUCCCCCUCUCACAUCAUCUCGUACACCGGGUGCCUCCUGCAGAGCUUCGUCAUACACUCGUCGUCUGGAAGUGAUUUAUCGAUCCUGACUGUGAUGGCCUUCGACAGAUACGUGGCGAUCUGCUACCCGCUCAUGUACCACUCAGUGAUGACCAGACAAAGAAUAACCCUGUUAGUGGCCUUCUCCUGGUUAUUACCACUUUUCUGCAUGUUCAGCAACAUGAUGUCAGUUUUUCAAAUUAAGCUGUGUGGCUCUCUCAUUCCCAAACUUUACUGUUCAAACUCACUGAUCAGUAAACUGGCGUGCAACGUCUCUAUGGCAAACAACAGCAUCACAUACUUUAACAUUGUCAUCUACAGCUUCCAUUUACUCUUUGUGCUUUGGUCGUAUUUGUAUCUGGUCCACAAGUGUCUCGGAUCCAAAGAGAACAGGAAGAAGUUUUCACAAACUUGUGUCCCACAUUUAGUGUCUUUGUUGAACUUUUGCUUUGCUGUGCUUUUUGACAUGAUGUACUCCCGAUUCGGGUUGGGGAUGUUGCCACUGGGGAUGCAGAACUUCAUGGCAAUAGAAUAUCUUGUUAUUCCUCCAAUUGUGAAUCCUCUCGUGUACGGAUUUAAUCUGACCAAAAUUCGAAGUAGGAUUUCUGGUUUAUGGAGGAGCAAGAAACGGGCGUCAUGCGACAUGUUACCAGUGAAACAUGGGAUUAUUAGAGAUGUCGUCUCUUAA